AUGAAUGAAUUGGCCAAAGUAUCUCCACCUAUGAAUCUCACGCGUGGUGCCGAGCCGUCAUCACUCGGAACGAGUACCACCUCAUCAUCCAAACAGCCUGAACCAUCGCCCAAACAAUCCUCAUUAAAAGAUGAUCCACAAGAAUCUUCAACAAUUGACAACAACAAUACUGAUGAUGAUGAAAUUCCAACAGAAGAAGAAUUUAUGAAAAAACUCCAAGAAGGUAUUCAAGAAUAUGCUGAAAUUGAUAAAUCUAGUAGACAUUCUUCGGAUGAUGAAUUAAUUAAUUUUGUCAAAGAUAAGGAAGAAAAAUUGUUAUUUCGAUUGGGGCGAUUAUUAGAAAAAAAGAAAAAGAAGAGAAAAAAAGAAUUAAAAAGAAAAAGAAUGUACGAGAGUGAUGAUGAUUCGAGUGAAGAGGAGGAGUCCAAAAUCAAAUAA